AUGCCAAAAUGGCAGCUAAUACUUAAUAAAAUGAGCAAGCCUGUCAGAAAAAACGGGUUAGAUCGCCCCUUUGACCCUCUACAAGUUUCCGGCUGAAUCCUAAUGUCUUCGAAUUUGGUUAUUGUUGGGAUUAUCUUAAUCCCAACUUUUGAGCAAUCUUUGCAGGUACUCUCAAAAUAGAUAGUGCUCUCAUUAUUAUUUUAUUCUACUCAAUUAAUUACUAUGGUAUUAGCGGCAACUUUGACAGCUGGAAAUCCAACAGAUCCUAUUUCAAUAUCUGAUAAAGCAGCAAUAAAAAAAGGCAAUUUUUUUGAUAAAUCAAUUUCUAAAACAGUAUGUACAAUAUGCUGCUGCAGCGUCAGUCCAAAUAGCAAGCACUGUGGCUCUUGCAAUCGAUGUGUUGAUGGGUUUGAUCACCAUUGCAAGUGGCUAAAUAAUUGUAUAGGAAACCAAAACUAUAAAAAAUUUAUAUUACUUUUGGUAUGCAUUGAUAUCAAUAUGCCGAUAUUAGUAGGAUUUGGAAUUAAAUCUUUAUGUACAUAUUUUAAUGACACUGAAAUAUAUAAAGAAAGACUGUCAGAUCUAUUUGGAUGUUCAAAUGAAGCAUUAUUCUUAUUUUUUACGUUUACUACAAUAAGUGAAGCACUUCUUGUUAUAACGUAUGAUAGCUAUUUAAUUGGAUACCAUGCUUGACUUAAAUGAAAAGGGAUUACAACAUAUCAGCAUAUUUUAAUAAAAAAGGCAAAACAUGAUAAAAAAAUUCAUUCAGAUGCGGCUCUGCGCAAUUCAAUUAAAAUGUCAUGUUUAAUUCCUUCAACAAUUGGAGAUAAAGAAUUAUCAGUAUUUUCUGAAAAUGGUGAAACUCAGCAUAAUAGGCCUUUAGAGCUGCCUAUAACUGGCUCAAUUAUAUAUACUUUUAUCAAAGAGCCAGACAGAGAAGAUGCAGAAAAUCAUGCUGUUUAA